GAGCGAUCGAAAAGAUCUCUGAUCGCGCUCUUUAUUGCAGCUGUUUCUAAUUCCUCCGAGAAACAUAUGUGCGAUGCAAGUUGCUUCUCACAAAGCCAUCACAAAGGCAUCGGUGCCUUCUAUCUACCACCAUCCGCUCCCGCUUGCCUCUCGCCUCAUUACGGUAUUCGGGUACCAAAAAUGUUCCAAAAGAUUCUUCUUUGCGUCCUGCUUGUUAUUGCCCUUGCCUCCUUCGUUUCGGCUGAUUUCUCGUGCUUCUUCGGUGACUUCAUCUGCAAGAGUGUAACAUGCCGGAAAUGCACAGUGGCGACGUGCCUCAACGGAGAUUGCGUAUGCACCCUUUGCAGUUAG